AUAUUUAGGAAACUUUUGUUUGAUUUUUUUGUGACGGUGCUUCAUCGUUGGGCUAAAAAAAUCCUCUCACACUCUGCUGUUCAUACUUUCUCAGAAUACAACGUGUUUUAACGCUAUAGCUUAACUUACUGAAGACUAAACGCCACACAGUUCAUAAAUGCGUCUACCGUCGGAUUCAUAUGGAGUUGAUUUGCAUGUGCAUCUGGAUGGUGCUAUCAGACCAGAAACAUUAUUCGAGUUAUCUAAUCAACAAAAAACAGAAAACACAUUCCAAAAUUUAGAAGAACUUAAGGAGAAGCUUAUUCCUAAAAAACCUCAUAGCCUGAAAAGUUUCCUGAAAGCUUUUGAAAUUAUUAUACCAUUGGUUGCCGGUAAAAAGGAAGUUUUAGCACGUAUUUGUGAAGAAUUUGUUGAAGAUUGUGUAAAACAUGGUGGUUUAUGCUAUGUGGAAACAAGAUUUUGUCCAUUUAUACUAACUGAUUCUAAAUGUAGUGUAGAAGAAGUAUUAAAAACUAUUUUGGAUGCGCUUAAUAGAGCUAGUAAAAAGUAUAGAAUAGAAGUUCGUUCUAUUCUAUCAAUUAUGCGACAUAUGCCUGAGACAGCUAAAGAAACAUUAGAAUUAGCUAAAAAUUAUAAACCACAUGGAGUUGUUGCAAUUGAUAUUGCAGGUGAUGAUUCAAUUUUAAAAUCUCAACGUGUUCCUGAAGAAAUUGUACAAACAUUUGAAAAUGCUAAAAAAGCUAAUAUUCAUCGUACUGUACAUGUUGGUGAAAAUAGUUCAGCUAAUAGUGUCUAUGAAGCAGUGAAUUAUUUACACGCUGAACGUAUUGGUCAUGGAUAUCAUAUUUUAGAUGAUGAAAAUGCUUAUAAAGCACUACUUAAAUCCGGUGUACACUUUGAAGUUUGUCCAUCAUCAAGUUUUGUCACUGGUUCAGUAGAUGGUCAAAAUCCAACUAAUCAUCCAAUACAUCGUUUCAUUGAAGAUAAACUCAAUUUCUCUAUUAAUACAGAUGAUCCAACAUUAACAGAAAGAUGGAAUUUACAAGAAGCAAAAUAUUGUAUGGAAGAAUUAGGUUUAACACCGAAUCAAUUGAAUAAUGCUAAUUUUAAUGCAGCUAUGUCAGCAUUUAUUAGCAAUGAUGAACGUGAAUUUUUACUAGCUCAUAUAAAUACACGAUCAAGAAAUAGAAUUAUUAAAGUUUAAUGCAACAAAUCGGUUAUUUUCAUUUGUUUGUUCGUUUUUGUUAUAAAAUGAUGAAUUAAAAAGAAUAUUAAAUUAAUUUUGUUUCAACAAAAUUUCUUUACAGUAGAAUAAUAAUGACAUUACCGAUUGGGAAAUACUUAAUUUAAAUUCAAUAUAUUUUUGCUUAUUAGUUCCUAUUUUGACUUGUGUUUGUAACUUUUGUUUUACUGAGCUAAUUUUAAAAACAUACAAUUAUAAAAUAUUAUCUUUUGAAUGAAAAAAAA